GGACGCGGCGGGGACGGGGACCUCGCGGCGACGAGCGGCCUUCGCCUUUUGCAGAACGGCCUCUGGGUCUCCAAGGACUUCGGGGAGCGCUGGGAGCAGAUCCACAAAGCCGUCUGCUUGGCCAAGUGGGCUGCCAACGGCACCAUCUUCUUCACCGCCUACCGGAACGGCUCCUGCACUGACCUCGGCUUCCUGGAGCUGAAGAAAACCUCCGACUUCGGCAAAACCUUCAAGGUCAUCGGCACCAAGAUCUACUCCUUCGGGCUGGGCGGCCGCUUCCUCUUCGCCUCCGUCAUGACGGAGAAGGGCUUCACGCGGCGCAUCCACGUCUCGCUGGACCAAGGCGAGAGCUGGAGCAUGGCACAGCUGCCGUCCGUCGGCCACGAGCAGUUCUACUCUAUCCUGGCGGCCAACGAUGACCUGGUGUUCAUGCACGUGGACGAGCCGGGAGGUGAGCGGGGAUGGGGCGGCUGGGGGGGGUUCUCCACGGACGAGGGGCAGUGCUGGUACCGGUACACCUUCUCCAAGGAGCCCAUCUUCUUCACUGGGCUGGCGUCCGAGCCCGGCGCCCGCUCCAUGAACGUCAGCAUCUGGGGCUUCCGCAGCAGCUUCCUGUCCCGAAAGUGGGUGUCCUACACCAUCGACUUCAGCCAGCUGCUCAGCCGCAGCUGUGAGGACAAGGACUACACCAUCUGGCUGGCGCACUCCAGCGACCCCCGGGACCCGGCCGACGGCUGCAUCCUGGGCUACAAGGAGCAGUUCCGCCGCCUGCGCAAAUCCUCGCUCUGCCAGAACGGCCGCGACUACGUGGUCACCGCGCAGCCCUCAGUCUGCCCCUGCACCCUGCACGACUUCCUCUGGUAUCGCUGCGGCCCUGCCCGCCUCGGCCCCGUGCCACCCUGUCCCUGCGUGGGAUCCCAGUGCCACCCCGGUGCCACCCUGUCCCUGCGCCCCUGUCCCAGUGCCUCCCCAGUGCCCCCAUCCCUGCCCACCUCAUCCCAGUGCCAUCCUAGUGCCAUCACAUCCCCAUACAUGAUCCCAGUGUCACCCUGGUGCCACCCUGUCCCUGCAUGGAAUCCCAGUGCCUUCCCAGUGCCCCUGUCCCUGUCCACCUCAUCCCAGUGCCACCAUGUCCCUGCACGUGAUCCCAGUGCCACCAGGUCCCUGCCCACCUCAUCCCAGUGCCAUCCCAGUGCCAUCACGUCCCCAUACGUGAUCCCAGGGUCACCCUGUCCCUGCACGUGAUCCCAGUGUCCCCAUCCCUGCCCACCUCAUCCCAGUGCCAUCACGUCCUCAUACAUGAUCCCAGGGUCACCCCGGUGCCAUCCUGUCCCUGCAUGGGAUCCCAGUGCCACUCCAGUGCCCCUGUCCCUGCCCACCUCAUCCCAGUGCCACCCCAGUGCCACCCUGUCCCUGCGCCCCUGUCCCAGUGCCUCCCCAGUGUCCCCAUCCCUGCCCACCUCAUCCCAGUGCCAUCACGUCCUCAUACAUGAUCCCAGUGUCACCCUGGUGCCACCCUGUCCCUGUGCAUGAUCCCAGUCCCAUCCCAGUGCCACCCUGUCCCUGCACGUGAUCCCAGUGCCACCCCAGUGCCCCUGUCCCUGCCCAACUCAUCCCAGUGCCAUCCCAGUGCCAUCACGUCCCCAUACAAGAUCCCAGUGUCACCCUGGUGCCACCAUGUCCUUGCCCACCUCAUCCC